UUGUCGCUUCCAAAUGUUGGCCGCGGCUACUUUUCAGAUGGUUCAUCCAUUGAGUUCAAUUUUCGAUGACUUUUUSCARCAUUAGAACUGUUAACUGGCCAAUAACACACGUGAUGUUUUGCUCCAAGACCUGAAUCGAAGCGGGAUUGUCAGCAUAGAGUUUAGACCAAUCGAAAAAAAACAAAAUAUCAUCACACCAAACGGUUGCUUUUUCUGCAUAGAAUGAAUUCUUUCGGGUUGCUCUUUUUCACAAAUGCGGCAAUUUGGUUGCUUACAUACGUAUGGAGCCAGAAAUGGGACUCAUCGAAAACGUCGGAUCAGCUUAGAACUUUUCAGGAGUUCUUAGAUCAAAGCAAUGUCGGUUGGGAAGUUCAAGCGGCUUCAGUUCUUGCACAAUCUGUAUAUUGUACGUUUGUAAUUUAAGAUCCGAUGUAAAAUGCGCUGCGAAUGACGCCAAAGCCACUCUCCAUGGUCUUCGUGUACACAUGUAGUCUCAGCUACGGCUGCUCUAUUUCCUUCACUGCCGUUGGCACAAACGCGUCGCGGUAGUCACCGGCGCCAGUUCCGGCAUUGGCGCAGCUAUUGUGAAAUAUCUCGCAAAUAACGGUAUGCUUGUAGUGGGUCUCGCACGGCGCGUCGAACGCAUUGAGGCAUUACGUAACGCAGCGUCCGCUGAGGCGCACAAACGCAUACACGCGAUCCGCUGUAAUAUCUGCAAUGAGAAUGAAGUGAUUGCUGCUUUCAAGGAAAUCACAAGCAAAUUUGGCCCCAUAGCGGUUUURGUAAACAAUGCUGGCAUACUGCGCAACAGCUCAAUGUUGGCCGAUGGCAACACGCAGGAUAUACGAGAUAUCAUUGAAACUAAUAUAUUAGGCGUGGUGUAUGCCACACGCGAGGCAUUCCGCUCGAUGAAGGCGCAURGCGGUGAGGGCCAUGUCUUUCUGAUGAACAGCGUAGCCGGGCAUAARGUGACGACUGGGAAUGUGCCAAUGAGCAUCUAUGCACCGUCCAAGCAUGCUAUAACGGCAUUAACCGAAGUUUAUCGGAACGAGUUCAACCAUGAGCGCACUAAAGUGAAAGUUACGAGCAUUAGCCCCGGUUUCGUUGAAACUGAAAUUAUAACGCARCGCAUUCGCGACGAGCUCAAAGAUUUCUCACGCCUUACCGCCGAUGAUAUUGCCGAUGCCUUGAUUUAUUGCCUGCAAACACCACCACAUGUGCAGAUUCAUGAAUUGACGAUCAAGCCACUUGGCGAGUUAUUCUAAUUACCUCAAUUAAGUAAUUAUGAUAUACACAACAGUAAAGUAGUAAUUAAUUUUCAAUUUAGUACCAUUUUAUCGACACUACCACUUAUGUAAAAAAAAAAAAAAUAUUAAAAAAAAUAAAUACUUCAUAGUUAGACAACGGCAAUAAUGAAUAAAA